AUGUCAUUUCAAAUCACAAAUAAGCACUUCAGAGGUCACUCACUCGACAUUCUUUUGGGUAUGUCUUUCUUCUCUUUUUCCUUCGAUGUUCGCGUUCAUUUUUCUUCUUGUUUGUUUCCAGCCUCUUAUGAUGCCUGCAUAAAAGAUGCGGUUCGUAAAACCAAUAAGAGGAACCUGCAAGAAGAGAGUGAUGCGCUGCUUAAGCAACCCCGGCAUAAAAAAAAAAAGGAAGCGGAGCCCUUCUUUUACCCUCCGCUCAAAUUGAAGACCUCAGAGGAUAGCCACGUAGCCAGCAAUUCCGGCACUUCCAGCAACUCCGGCAAUUCUGGUGGCACUGACCCCACCUCAAUGUGCCCUUGUCCGGGGAGGUAUCACGUUUGUUACUAUAAGGAAGUGAAUGACACAAACCCAAUGGGAAAAUAUUUCUGUCUGCUGUCCAAACAUCAAGAGGCUCAGAAAACUGAGCGAAAGCUAGCCAAUAAAGCUGUUAUGAGCAAACUAGAAGAGAUUGAAUCCAUGUUUAAGGAGGCGCUGGCAAAGCAACAACAACAACAAUUGGUUAUCCAGCAAAGUGCAGCGAAUGUUUCAAAACCUCCAGCAGCGGAAGUCCCUCCGGACCCCGAAGUGUUAUCGAAAGUGAUAGACUUGACCAACAACUUCCCGAUAACAAACGAUGAUGACCUUGAGGAUGUAAACAAUCUUCUUAAAGAAAAUGAACUUGUGGUAAAGUUACUG